AUGUCUUCCACCACCACCAAAUCAAAGGUCACUCCAAACCUGACUGCAAAGGACCUCAAUGGUAACACUUUCAAAGCUCCAGAUUACACCAUUGGAGAUAUCAUCAAAUGCAUUCCUAAGGAGUGCUUUGAACGUCCACUUUUGAAAUCUUUGUCUUUUGUUGCUCGUGAUAUCGCUUGUUUGUUUGCAUUUGGGUAUUUGGCACAAACUUUUAUUCCACAAAUUCCCUCCAAAGAAUUGAGAUUUGCAGCAUGGACAACAUAUACCAUUGUCCAGUCUUUCCCAAUGGUGGGUCUUUGGAUCCUUGCUCAUGAAUGUGGUCACCAGGCAUUCUCCCAAUACGGUUGGAUCAAUGACUUUGUUGGUUGGAUCUUACACUCUUAUUGUGGUAAUCCUUACUUCUCGUGGAAAUUCUCCCACAAAAAGCACCACCAACAUACGGGCCACAUUGAUAAAGAUAUGGUUUUCAUUCCUCCAAGGGCAAACGAAUGGAAGAUGUUCAGGGGUAUCAAGAAGUUCUCCGAAUGUGCAGCAGACACCCCACUCUACACAAUCGGUGUCUUGUUAGUCCAACAGAUUGUUGGUUUCCAAACAUACCUUCUCAUUGAUGCCACAGGUCAACCACACCCAGAAUUAAUGGAUAAAUGGUACGGCAGAUUAUGGACUUCCCACUUCAACCCUAUGGCACCUAUUUUCGACAAGGGAGAUGGUAAGUUCAUCCUCAUCUCGGACUUGGGAUUAGGCAUUGUUGGUUAUGCCGUUUAUCAGUGGAUCCAGCAUUUUGGUUGGUUCCAUUGUUUUGUUCACUGGUUCAUUCCUUACAUGCUAGUCAACCAUUGGAUUGUCUUCCUGACCUACUUGCAACAUACUGAUGUCACCUUACCUCACUAUGAAGAUAGCGAGUGGAAUUUUGCCAGAGGUGCAGCAGCUACCAUUGACCGUGAAUUUGGAUUCGUUGGUUGGUUCUUCUUCCAUGAUAUCAUUGAGACACAUGUUUGCCAUCACUAUGUUUCCCGGAUCCCCUUUUACAACGCUAGAAAGGCAACUAAGGCGAUCAAAGAGCUUGUCGGUGACAAUUACGCCUACUCAGAUGAAAACAUGUUCGUCACUUUGUGGAAAUCCUUGAGAAGUUGUGAGUUUGUCGAAGGUGAUAAUGGUAUCCUCAUGUACAGAAACCACAACGGCUACGGUAUUCCACCUAGAGAUGACUAA